AUGAGACAGAGCAACACCGGAGGUCACCGCCUGCCUGUCACCCGCGUCUGUGCCUCACGGUUUCUGGGACAAAUCCCGCUGCAGCGACGCAAACGAUGCCGCAGCUGCAAAAGCCGCCUGCUGUGGAUGCUGCGGAUGCUGCGGCAACGCAGUACGCUUCUUACCAUUACCGCCAACAGCCUUGUUCACGCUGCUCCACUUUUCGGCCUGAUGACGCAUCUGAAGCAAUCUUUGUCGCCUUGCUGCGCCACCACCAACCACACCACUUCAGCCCAAAAACCGAGGUGUCUGCGCUCCGUUACGCUUUUUUUUUACCACGAACACUCACCAAACCAUAGGAAUAAAAUAAAAAUCAGAGAA